AUGUUGAAUUUUCAAAUCUUUGUAUUAUAUCUCCAUAUUUUUAUAUUAUUCUUCAUUAAUGCUAAACUGCUUUUUAAUGAUGUUUUAUUUUUCUAGUUCUUAACACUUUUUUUCAAGCUAAAUAAUUUUAUCGUUACUUUAAUUAUUCUAAAUUUGUUAAUCUUAAUUUUAUUUAUUCAGACUUUUUAAUUAUUUAUUGUAACUUAAUUACUCUUAUUCUUACUAUUUUUCUAGUUCUUUAUAUUUUUUUUCAACUUAAUAAAUUAUAUCAUUCCUUUUGUGAUAUUAAAUUUUUAAAUCUUUAUAUAACAUUUCUAAAUUUUGAUAUUCAUCAUUUUAACUUUAUUAAAGCUUAAUAUUUUAUUUUUCUAGUUCUUAACAAGAGUUUUAAAGUUAAAUAAUUUUUUAUUCACAUUGUUUUUUUUAAUCCGUUAAAUCUAUGAAUUUUCUAUUUAGAUUUUGAAAUUCAUUUUUGUAACUUAAUUACUCUUAAAUUUUCUAUUUUUCUAGUUCUUAAUUUUUGAUUUAAAGUUAAAUAAUUUGAUCAUUACUUCGUUAAGAUUAUAAAUAUAAAUUAUUGUAUUCUUUUUCCAUGAUUUAUAAUUAUUUAUUAUUUUCAAUAUUUUCUUUUUCUAGUUCUUAACAAUUAUUUUAAAGUAAAUUAGUAAUAAUUUGUUUUUAAUACUCAAUUUUUAAAUUUUCUAAUUAUUUCUCCAUAUUUUAGUAUUUAAUAUGUAGAAGUCUAUGAUUAAUAAUAUCACUGCUAUGUUUUUUUUAAAUCUACAAAAUUUAAGAUUUAAGAUCAUCAUUUAUAUUUUUAAGUUCUUAGUUUUAGUAUAAGAUGUUUUAAUAAUUUGUUUCAAAUUAUAAUUUAUCAUCCUUUAUUUUUGUAUUUGA